GCGGCGCGGGGCCCAUGGAGCCGCGGCCGUGAGGCGCCCCCGGCCCGGGCCCGCUGCGGGAGCCGGGCGGAGGCCGGAGCCGGGUGCCGCCGGAGCCGGAGGAGAUGGACAAACUGACCAUCAUCUCAGGAUGCCUCUUCCUGGCCGCCGACAUCUUCGCCAUCGCCAGCCUGGCGAACCCGGACUGGAUCAACACCGGCGAGUCCGCGGUGACUGUGACAGGAGAAGUUAUUUGCCCUUUCAUGAACCUGUUUGGAUUGCAUGCUGAGAAUACAAAAAAAAGGAUGAUACAGAAAAUGAAGAUUUAUGUACCAUCAGAUCCUAGAGGUGCUCUCACAGUUGGCCUUGUGCGACAGUGUCAAACCAUCCAUGGACGUGACAGGACCUGUAUUCCUCCACGGCUGCCUCCCGAGUGGGUCACUACGUUAUUUUUCAUCAUAAUGGGAAUCAUUUCACUAACUGUCACAUGUGGUUUGCUGGUGGCUUCCCACUGGCGAAGAGAAGCUACUAAAUAUGCCCGCUGGAUAGCUUUCACUGGAAUGAUUCUAUUCUGUAUGGCAGCCCUAAUAUUUCCAAUAGGAUUUUACAUCAAUGAAGUUGGAGGUCAACCGUAUAAAUUACCCAAUAACACAGUGGUUGGGUCUUCRUAUGUACUGUUUGUCUUAUCCAUUUUCUUUACAAUAGUGGGACUUCUAUUUGCUGGCAAAGUUUGUUUACCUGGCUGAUGAAUGUCUGGACUGCAGGACUUUAUUUUGGAAAAGAGCAAGACAGCAGAAUUGCAUUCUCAGGAGGAUGCCUAAAUCAGACUAUCAAACACUGACUGAAAAGAGGAAUGCUUUGACUUGUUCUCACUAUGCACUUUGGAUGAAAAAAAAGGAGAGCCUUUCCCAUAACCAAAUACAGACCACACUGACUAAUCUCCUGAGCAUACUCGAAUGCAGUCAGGUCUGCACUGUGAUAGGAACUGGUGGAGAAUGCUUUACACUGAGAAGCAUAAUGCCCCAUGUUACUGGACUCUUCCUGUUUUUAACGUCUAACAAUUUGGAAGUCAAAGUAUUUAUGAACUUUGUGGUAGACCAGAGGGUUGCAGAGGAAGUGAAGUGAGGCUGGCCUCGCUGUUUAGGAGAUUAGUGUUUUCCAUCUUCCUUCUGAUGAGCAAAGCCUUUGGCACCAUUGUGGAUCAAUCUGCAUUACUGCACCAAGAAGCCAAUAGAUCAAAACAUGUUCUCUCAAUGUAUGUAACAGCAAGAAGACAUACAUCCCCUCCUCCCCCAAAAGCUCUAGGAAACACUUAAGGAACGUUUUAGAGGGGGAUUUUGUCCUUAUAUUUAUAUAAAUAUAUAUAUAAAUAUAUAUAUAUUUUGCUGAUGCAGUAUACAGUGUGUGUGUAUGUGUGUGUGUGUGUAUAUACACAUAUGUACAUAUAUGUAUAUACACACAAAUGGUUCCUGGAAAAGAACUCAGAAUGCUUUGCUAGCAAAACACUGUGGUGUGCAAAACUAGGACUCAAUAGAAAAAGCCAUUUCUCUGAAGGCCACAUAGCUGAGAGUCUUCAGUUUACCUCAUUCUUUGUAGCAGCCCUUGAUUUUAACAGUUUUUUGUAAUAGGUACAAACGAUCCCAUGCCUUUCUAGGUGCAAUUUUAAGUUAAGCUAAAGUUCUUUUUAUGGUAAUUUAUUUGUAUAUGAGGGUUGAAGGUGAGAUCAUGUCAUACCUUAAAAUCCUAAUUUUGGGAAACUGACACUAUUUAAAUUAUUAGCAACUGUUGUACAGAAAAUCUCUUUUUCUACUGCAUUGUUACAUUUGCAUUCAUACAUGUUCAAGCACAGCAUUUUACCAUGGGUAAGCAUUUCUCUAGCACAUAUAAAAUGCAAUGUUUAAACUAAUGCAAACACUAUUCCACUGCAAAGAUGGAUGAACUUAUUUUCACUUGAGUGUUAGUUCAUCUUUGCUGAAAAAAUGAGCAAUAUAAUUGUUUAAAAAUAUAUGCCUUGUUUACUGAAGUUGUUAUUUUCAACGUAGAUUUAAUGGCCACCCAAAUUUGCAGUAAAUAUUCUUCACUAAAAGUAGUUUUAUUUUUUAACCCAAGGAUAAACCAUUGAAUCCACAGACGUCUUAAUUCACUGCUAGUUUGGUGUUCCAGGGAAGCUGCCUGCACUAUCAGUAUUUGUUUUCCAGUUAAUAACUCGUUUACCAGAGAAUCAUUCUGAAAACAAAAAACUGUUUUGAGCAUUGUUUCAUUGAGCUUACUAGAGGAACUGCAUUAAUGAGUAGACAUUCAUUUUAGGAUGAAGUUGUUGUUAAAGUCAGCAGUUUCCAAAAUAAUCACUUAUCAAAUAAGUUGGAGUGUUUAAGAGUUUGCACCGUUAUUUUAAACUCUGUGCCAUUCACACCAUCGUGGGUCCCUGUUCUUCUGCACCUCUUCCCUCUCCCCCUCCCAAGGUAUUUUAAUACAGAAAAGUUAUUUGCURAUGUAAGUAUAUUUUCUUUUGAGAUUUUUGACCAAAUUUGUCACUGGAAUGGUUUCUAAAKAUUUCUUUUUCCAGUCAGCUCAUGCACACAUAGAAUGGAGUGUUUAUGGAUCACUAAAUUUUUCUAAAAUAUACCAAUCUGUAAAUACAGCCAAGCACUUACUUGGAAGUCAURGUUUAAAUAUGAUUUGGUUCCUAAUUUAAGCCUUCAUCUGCAUGGGCAGUCUGAGCCCCUAGUGAUAGUGGUUGAGCUAAAAGGCAGCCUUUGUCUGCUGGUUAUGUGUCAAAAUUUUGCUGUUAUCACUACUGUGUCCUAAGAAAGUAUUCACUAAAACUUGGAUUAUAAAAUACACUUUCAGAAAUGUCACAUUUGUAAAUAGUUUGAGAUUUUUGUAACUGGAACAUAGCUGGGGGUGGGGAGAGUUCCUCAGCUGCUAAGAUUUCUUUCCCUUCCCACCCCUCCAACUUACUUAUUUCAGUUGUAGUAACAUCAUGUGGAUUUAGGCUUUGAUUAAAUGGAUCAUCAUAAAAAAAAAAAAAAUUAAAAGAAACACUUAGAGCAWAUCCAGAUUGUGGUUGGCUGACUGGAAAUUUAUCUGAUCUGCCAAUACUAUUGCUAUGAAUUAUUAAAUGUUAGCAAAGAUUUAGCAAAUAGRUUUAUUAAAUAUUUGAGCCAGAAAUAGAUGCAGCCAAAUGUAUUUUUAAAAACCCAACCCAGUAAUUGAAGAGACAGCUGUCAACAGUUGCUUUUAAUAAGGUCACUAAGUACUAUAUAGUACAGUAUUAAUUUAUAGCAGAAAAUCAUAUCUUGUAAACUGUAUAUAAAACACUGUUUUAUGGUGCAAUCAUUUGUCAAACUUAUGUCUGUUACUUCUGUUUUAAAGUUGUGUGCAUUCUUUUCAUACCUAAGAGCAUCACUGUAAAAUCUGCUGAAGACUAUUUAUAGGUUUUUAUUUGCACAAGGUUUUGUUUUGAACUACAGGAAGUUCGUAUUGAACAUGCCUAAACAUCUGUAYCUUUUCAUUUCAUGAAAAGCAAAUGUUUUCCAUAUGAAUCUUCUCCAAAGGUAAUCCCAUAUUUGUGUUGAGUGUUUACAUAAACGUUUCUGAUUCUGCCAGCCAUUAUUUUUUAACUUUUUGAAGGACAGCUCAUUUCAUACAUCACUAGAGAAUUUCAUUUAUUCUCUUGCUUCAAAAUCCUCCCGAAGGUUUGAUGUCCCAUCACAGUGUAAUUUUUGCACACUUUGUCAUUUAUUUGGCUAUCAAAAUGUAAGAUUGGAAACUGAAAAUACUUUCGGAAGGAGAACUAGUAAAUUUGUCUGUAUAAAUCUUAUCAUUGAGCUCAGCUGAAAUAAUCGCCUGGAAGGUGUUUGGCUCAGAGCUGGGGAGGGUGUGCUUCCUGAACACUCCAGUUUAACCAUUUAAAGGGUUUUUUCUGCUGUUAAUCCUCUCCCAAAGACAGUGUGCCACACCACCAUCGGGGCCUCCUGCCGUCCCUGUGUUUAACCACUCCAGAACACAACUGUCGGUUCCUGUUUGCCUCGACACACACACACACAGGAAAAUGAAAGCUGUCCUUUCAAACUUUGUGAAGGAUGAACAUAAUGAAGGAGAUGGUUCUGCCGGGCUGUCCUGCCUGGGCUCCAGGCCGGGCCCACUGCCCGCGCCCCCCGGCCUUACUGAGGCUUGUUUUCUAAUUGGUUAGAGCAUUUUUUCAAUUAAUGAUUUCUGAACAAAUGUUAAUACAAACUGUAUAAAAUGAACAUAAUUUUCUUCACUUGUAUUUUUGUUAUUGAGCAAGUUUAUCAAAAUAAAUUGUCUACUAAAG